AUGUCUUCCAAGCAAGCCACCUCUCCGUAUGCUCCUUCUGCUGAUGGAGAGGAAGCAAUGGUCCAGGAACGAUUGGUACGGGAGAGGGAAAGGGAGGAGCUCAAUGAUCAGCACUCAGCCUCACAUCUGCCCCUCCAUACGUUAGUAAUCAACAAACCUCACUCUGAGGAGCUACCUGCUGUUGUCAGCAACCUCCAAGCAGACAGUGAUUGGGAAAACAUGGUGGCCACCCAGCACAGAGUGGAUUCUGACAACAACAAAGUCUGUUCCCUAUACUCCUUCCGAAAUGCAACUACCUCACCACACAAGCCAGAUGAAGGGGCCCGUGAACGCGGUGAUAUGAUGACUGGUGCAGUCUUUGGAACACCUGAGCGCCGCAAAGGAAGCUUAGCCGACGUGGUGGACACACUGAAACAGAAAAAGCUCGAAGAAAUGACAAAGACUGAACAAGACGAAUCAUCUUGUGUUGAGAAGUUUCUCUCAAAGGACUGGAAAGAGAAGAUGGCUGGACUCAAUACAGGGGAGAUACUUGGUGAGAUCAAAGGUACACCAGAAAGUCUUGCCGAAAAGGAACGCCAGCUGUCUGCCAUGAUCAACCAGUUAAUUAGUUUACGGGAGCAGCUCUUGGCAGCACAUGAUGAGCAGAAGAAACUAGCGGCAUCACAAAUUGAGAAACAGAGGCAGCAGAUGGAGCUUGCCCGCCAACAGCAGGAACAGAUCGCAAGACAACAGCAACAAUUAUUACAGCAACAACACAAAAUCAACCUUCUCCAACAGCAAAUCCAGCAGGUUCAGGGUCACAUGCCUCCACUCAUGAUCCCAAUUUUUCCACACGACCAACGGACAUUGGCAGCGGCUGCCGCAGCCCAGCAGGGAUUCCUCUUCCCCCCAGGGAUAACAUACAAACCAGGUGAUAGCUACCCUGUGCAGCUCAUUCCAUCAACAAUGGCAGCUGCAGCUGCGUCUGGACUCAGCCCACUACAGCUUCAGCAACUGUAUGCAGCGCAGCUUGCCAGUAUGCAGGUAUCACCGGGUGCUAAGAUCCCUUCUACUCAACAGCCAACAAACCCUGCUGGUGCUCUAUCACCCACAGCUUUGAAAAAUGAAAAGCAGGGGACCAGCCCUGUAGCUCAAGUGAAGGAUGAAGCAGCACAGCCACUCAAUCUCUCAGCCAGGCCCAAGACUUCCGAACCUGUCCGAUCUCCCACAUCGCCCACACAGGGCUUUUUCCAUGCAAACAAAUCUAGUCCGGUCAACCUGCCCAACAAAAGCAGCAUCCCCAGUCCUGUAGGUGGCACACCAGGAAGAGGAUCAUCUUUAGACAUUCUCUCCACUCUGAAUUCAACAGCCUUCCUGGGUGACCAGGAUGCAGUGAUGAAGGCUAUCCAGGAAGCUCGGAAAAUGAGAGAGCAGUUGCAACGAGAGCAGCAGUUACAGCAGCCUGGGCUUGAUGGCAAAACAUCAUCUAUGAAUAGCCUGGGAAUUAACUGCACGGGUAAUAAGGAACGGGUGCCCUUUGAGAAUCUUGCACAACAGCUGACAGGAAAAACAGGGGAGGAUGUGAAGGUUGGUCCAGGGGUCAUUGACCUCACGAGACCAGAAGACGCAGAAGGGAGUAAGGCAAUGAAUGGGUCUCCAGCUAAACUACAGCAGUAUUAUUGUUGGCCAACAGGAAGCACUACGGUGACGGAGGCACGGGUUUACAGAGAAACCAGGGGUCGCAGCAACAAUGAGCCACAUAUCAAACGACCAAUGAAUGCGUUCAUGGUGUGGGCAAAGGACGAGCGCAGGAAGAUACUGCAGGCAUUUCCAGACAUGCAUAACUCAAACAUCAGCAAAAUCUUGGGAUCUCGCUGGAAGUCCAUGUCCAACCAAGAAAAGCAGCCAUAUUAUGAGGAACAGGCGAGGCUCAGCAAGAUGCAUUUAGAAAAAUACCCUAACUACAAAUAUAAGCCCAGACCAAAGCGCACGUGCAUUGUGGAUGGCAAGAAACUGCGUAUUGGUGAAUAUAAGCAGUUAAUGAGAAACCGAAGGCAGGAAAUGCGGCAGUUCUUCACUGUGGGGCAACAACCUCAGAUUCCAAUCACCACGGCAGCAGGCGUAGUGUAUCCUGGUGCUAUCUCCAUGGCAACCACAGCAGCAUCACCACAACUGACAUCCGAGUGUUCCAGUGAAUCUGGCAGUCCAGAGCCAAGCAUCCCAGUCAUCCAGAGCACUUACAGCAUUAAGGGAGAAAGCGGCAACCUGGGCGUGAACGAAAUGAUAAAUGGUGAAGAUGAAAUGGAAAUGUACGAGGACUAUGAGGAUGAUCAGAAAUCAGACUAUAGCAGUGACAAUGAGAAUCAGGAGGCCAUCAGUGCCAACUGAAGAGCAACUGCAAUCAGACUGUUAUUUUGAACAAAAAAAGUUAUUGAUGAGCCUGCAUGUGUGGCUCCAACAGAUUCAUCAGCAAUGGUCUUAAAUGUUUCUUAAUGUGUGAAGCAUUCUGAUUGUUCUUUUUAUUUUUACAAAGUAUCAUGGACAUUUUACAUUACUGGCUACAGCCUGAAAACAAAAAAAAAGUCAGGACUUGAAAGCUGUUGCUUAAUAUAGAUUCACAGCUAUCUGGCAGUCUUAAGUUUUUUUUUCCUUUCUCUUUUUUGAGCUUGUUUUAAAAUGCUUUAGUUACUGUUUUCUUAAGGGGUGGGGGGUUUUAUUCUCACUCAGGUAUGCUGUGCCAACCAGCAACUUGUGAAUGUGUUUUUAAUCUGAGCUAUUUAAAAUAACUUAAAUUUCGUAGUUUUAAAAAGAUUGGGGUUGGGGGUGGGGGGAUGGGAACCAAAACAAAAAUGGCAGCACGUGUGCACAAAGAGCACAGCAUAAAGCAGAACAACAAAGAGCUGAGCCCUGACUGGCUUUCCUUUUUUUAAAAAUUCUUUAUUUUUGAGUUGCAUAUUGUACUGUUUGAAUUAAGAAAGUGCCAAACUUCGAAUAGCAUUUUAAUCUUAACACUCUGAAAAGUCUUAUUUGGGAGAUGCUACAAAAGUCUUAGACAAUCUUCUGUCAUCUUAAUGAGGAACAAAAAAUAUAUAGCUACACUUACCAAUAUGGUUCUUUCCAGACAACAGUGACGUUACUCAGGAAUACGAACGAAGGAUAUCUAUUUGAGACAGAGGAGGAGCUUGCCAGAGUGCAUGUGUCCAAACACUUUUUCUUGAUGUGUCACGAUAGGGUGUUCAACAGUUAUUUUUCACUGCAGCCAACAUGAGUAUUUGCUGCCUCACUUGUCACUGAAGCAUAGUUUCCAGCCCUUUACCUCAUUAUGUUGGUUUCCGUUGAGAGUAUCUUAGUCAUUCCAGUGAUCCAUGGGGCCAAUAAUCUAGGAUUAUUGAGUUUAAAAGAAAACACAAGGGGGAAAGAAAGGUGUAAAACCUGGGGGUAAAAUCAGUAACCAUAAGUUUCUGGGUGGUCUGACCAAAUGGAAAAUACCUUUAUCAAACCAGCUAAAAGGGUAAAAUUUGAGCAGGAAUAAUUCCGUUACUCUGAUUUUGCCCCAUGUAAUUGGCACUAGCAUUCAUCAUCCUUUGCCUCCCCCCACAAAACACCCCUUGAAUUAGGAAGCUUAGACUGGGCUAAUCUUAUUUCAGCCUCACAGGAAUAUUGUUGAGGUAACAGAGAGCGAGAGAAAGGAGAGAGGGGUCUCGAUGUUACAUUUGAUUUAUGUUCCAACUGACCCUAGAGCCUUACCUGCUGUUCAACGGUGUUAAGUAACUUAAAGAAAAACCAUUUUUCAUUCCUCUGCAUUUUUAGCUUUCACCUUGAUAAGCACAAAUAGGGUAGGGAUGAGUAGGGAGGGAACUAAACACUAACAGCUUAACAUUUUACUUAAUUUCACAAUGUCUUAAUUCAGCUACUGCAUUGCUGUGAGCAUUAUGCAUGUAAGGUCUUAAACAUUAAUGUGAUUUGAUAUGCAGGAAGUGGGUGAGGUUUACCACACGUAGAAACAAGACAGGUAAAUUACAAAAAUAUUAUGGUACAUCUCCAUUAACUUGCCCUGUGUAUUCAAAUCAUUCAUCCCAAAUACUUAAUAUGUGCUGGAAAAUAUAAAUGACCAUUAUUAAAUUUAAAAGGCACUAUUGAUAGUUCCAUUGCAUUUGAAAUUGGGGAGAAAAAUAUCAACUAUUGCUGAGAAGUGAGGCAGAAUUCUGCUUAUUAUUUAAACCCAAAAUGAAUACUGAUACUCCAUUAUUUAAUGUUGGAUUAGUUUAAUUUAGACUGUGAUGCUUUAGUUGGAAUAUCAUGCAAUGAGAAUAACUGAUGAACACACUAUUUAGCAAAUUAUUCAAAGUACUAAGAGAAGUUAUUCCUUUCAAAAAAAUACUUUGAACUUUAUAUCUGGCUUCAACUUGAGGGAGGGAGGAAUGAGGGGAUGGUCUCUAUUUCACAUGAUAUAAUUUAUUAAGGUUCUUAUAAAUUCUGAGUAAUAAUCAGCUCCCCUCAACUGCUUUUAUUUUUAAAAUUCAGUUUUACUUAGGACAGUGUAUGGCUUGUAGUUUGAGAGUACAUAUUUUAGUUCAUUUUUCAUUGCACACAAACAUUUAGUUGUUUUAGCUGUUUUGUUGCCAUGCCAAUAUGAUAUAGUGCAGGCUGGUGGGAAAACAAAGGACUGUUUUUUUGGGACUGAAACUUGAUUAUGCUUGUAGUGUGUGUAUGUAAAUAUUUUUAUAUAUAUGUAAUAUAUAUAAUGAUACACAUACACACAUGGACACACACAUUACAUACACGCUCACACACACAUACACACAGGAUGUUUUAAAGUGUUAUGAGCACUGGAUAUAAAUGAUAUUUUUUAUCACUUCUGACUAAUGUGAAACUGUUGUAAGAGAUACUACAUGAACAAAAUGUCACCUGUUCCGACUCGUGUGGGCCUGCCUCACAGUUGCCAGAUUUGAGUCAUUUUAUGUCUAGUAACUUUAUUUAUGCAAAAAAAAUGUUAUGUAUGAAUACUUUGUUUUAGCUCCUGCCCAGUGUCCCUUUCUCCCUCACUUCUGUCAUCCUUCCUUACCCUGAAUUUUUUAAAUCUUCCUUUUCUCUCUCGCCAACCAACCCCACAAACAUUCUUCAUUUUCUAUAUGACCGCUGAUUGGCUAAACAGACGUUGCCAAGCUCAUUAUUUUUUAUUAAAUGGUCAUAAUUAUUUCUUUGUAAAUUGCAUUUUAAGGUUGACUAGAUCAAAUAAAUGUUUGUGUAAUAUUUAUUAGCCGAAUUCAGGCUCUAAAAUAUCACUGCAGAGUUAUUCAACCAAGACAAUCAAAAAAGGAAAUAAUACAAAUUUACUUAAAUUGGAGCUUAAAACAAAGUUACAACAAAAAAAUCCACCAUCUCAUUUUAGAUUUUUUUAAAAUUGUAAAUAUAACAUAGGAAAUAGAAUUCUAUUUUUGUUCAUGAUACAUAGUGAAAUAUAAGUUAUGUAUUUACUGUUUUGUUAUACAUCAUUGUAUGUUGGUCCACAUUUUUAAAUGCUGACAAAUCGCUGUACCUCAUGUAGAUGCUGAACUCACACCCGCAAUGAUAUAACAGUAUUGGACCUUUAGCUGAGGCGUUCAGACACCUUGCUUGUGGUCAAUUUCUCAUGUUUUUGUAUUGUAAUUAUUAUUAUUAAGGAUAUAUAUAUAGCGUUACAGUUAGUAAUGUGCAGAGUAGGGAAAUAAUUUUAUUUAAAGAGAAAAAAAUCACUUUUUGAAUCAUUGUACUGUGCCCCAUUUCAUGGUAGGAAAAAAAAACAAACAAACAAUCAGACAAAAUUUGUAAUUUCUUUUUAUGUAUUCACCUUUUCCUUCUGUGUAAAAGUAAGGUUAUCAACCUGGGGUUGGUCAGUGGGAGGGGGGUAUUUGUGGAAAUCAAACAUUGUUCCAUUCGCUCUAAGUCACUUCUCAAAGUGAGUUGUGAUUAUGGGAAUGUGAUAGCCAGCAACUCACUUUUAACUGUUUCUAAGUGGCAUGAUGGUGUUGAUGAAUUAGCAAGUCCUGGCACAAUGACAUGUAGCAAUAUGCGCCAACAGAGUCAGGAAUAUAACAACGAACACCAGAUGGUAAUGAGAUACAAGAUAAGCAGGGAACAUGACAAAUAGAAGAGGCUCUCACUUGAUGCCACUGGUUCAACCAGUUAAGUCAAUCUUACCUCAGUUGUAUUUAAAUAAUAAUUGGCCUCAAUAUUCAUAGCUUUUGUGGCAUAAGUAAAUUAGUUUGGAACAUUUCAGGUGGCUGCAGCCAUGAAUCAAAUUGCCUUUCCAAUUUUAGAUCAUUGCUUGCAAAUAUCAUGCAAAGGCAGGCAUGUCAGCAAACCUUGCCUCAUUGUUAUUGAAUAAGAUACUUUUUAAAAAAAAGUUUCCUUAAUUUUCUCACACAGAAGAAGGGUAAUGAUUAUUGUGAAAGGGGCAAUGCCUUCCUUUAGAGUGUUUGACAAACCUUUAUUUGGAAAGGGGAAAAUACCAAGAGCUGUGCAUCAUUUUCAACAUGUGCAAUUAACAUUUUUGACUUUCUUCUUUGUGUCAUGUGUUACAUUAAAUGGAAAAUAAGUUUGCCAAACA